AUUUUUAGGUUAUGUUUGGUACUGUUACUUAUUAUUUCUGCAAUUUACUUCAACCUAAUUGUAAUUCUGGUUCAAACUGAUGUCAUGACAAUUUUAAGCUAUUCUUAUUAAAAAAAAAGUCACAAGGCUUAUAAAAGCAAGAAGUAUUUCCGCUAUGGCAAAUUCUAUAUUAACCAAAAUCAGCCCAUUAUGGAAGCUACCAUCGUCAAUUACGUUAAUUCAACCCUCACGAUCGACGACUUCCAAGCAUUUUAAUCCGAAAUUCAAAAAGCACCGUGCACAAAAAUAUCUCAAGAUAGACCUACCAGACAUGAAUGAAGAUGAAAAUAAUGUAAGUCCAGAAAAGAUGAGACAGAAGAUGAAGGAGCGGGGACUGAUGCCACCUCGUCCUUGGAUGGAACGUCCAUUUUAUAUUUCUGCAACAGGUGGCGUCUUUGAGGGGUAUGUUCCACCCGAAGGGGAUGGCAAAGCUUCCCUUGUAUCAACGACUCGUGCAAAACAAACAGUACAAUUGCUGGAGAAAAAAUCCAAAUCCAUGAUGGCCAUCCGUAAGAUCAAGUCUUAUGAAGAAGACUUUGAUAGUAAGGAAUUUUGUCAAGAAGCUCAGAACAUUUACAUAAAAGCCCAUGAAAGUUUGGCUAACAAUGACAAAUAUGCUUUGAGGAAGUAUGUCACGGAGAAAGCAUACCAAGAGUUCCGACAUAAUAGCCAGCUAAAGACGAUAAGAUGGAGAUUUUUAGACUCAUUGGAACCUCCCCGUGUAGUGCAUGCGCGGUGCACUGAUAUUAUCAGCAAGGAAAAUAUUUUUGCUCAGGUGACCGUCCGUUUCCACACGCGGCAGCAGCUCGCUGUGUACGACCGCUUCGGUCGCUUGCUCCACGGCAGUGAGAUAGUUGCCAAGGAUGUUCUAGAAUAUAUUGUUUUCGAAAAACAUCUCUCCAAUUUGUACGGCACGUGGCGCGUUCACGACAAAAUCAUACCGGACUGGGCUCCUCCCAAAGACCCGUCUAAGUUGACGAGGCUACAGCCGGAGCCUGAACCGGUGCCGGUCGCAGUGGAGGAAGAGGUCGAGCAGCCGGCGAUAGCUGAUAAAUAAUUUAUAUAAGAAAUAAAUAGUUUAGUUACGUU